CUCCCCCUGCGCUCCCCUCCCCCCCCCGCGCCCCCCGCGCCCCGGCCCCGCCCGCCCCCGCGGACCUGCCCGCACCGAGCCGAGCCCGGGGACGCCCGCGUGGGCUGGGGGAUCCCUGCGCCCUCCGCGCCCUCCGACGCCGGCCCACGCGCGGGCACCUGUGGCCUCGGGCCCCCGCGCGUCCUGCGGGAGGCCGGUCCUGCCCGCGUCCCGGGAGCGCGGAGGCCCCGCCCCCACCGCCCCGAUGUCUCCCGCGGCGCCCCUGGGGACCCCCCCGCGGCCAGGGGCCGACUCCAGACACAGAAGUCCGCCCUAGGGAGCCUGGGGGGCCCCCCGACCUCCCCUGGGGCUUGGCCCCCGACGCUGCUCGGAAGGAAGGCCGGCGCCCCCCGCAGGGGGCUGCCCUUCCCCGUCCGUCCGGCUCCGUUCGCGGAGCUGCCCAGCCUGGACCCCCUCCACAUCCACAUCUGGAAGACCCACCCCAGCCACGGCCCUCUGCAGGUGUCAGCCGCUCGCGGAGACCUCUGCCUUUGCAACUGCCCAGGAGUUGUGAGGGAUUACGGCCGCCUUCCCCCAUCCCAAGGGCAUCUCUUACCCCGAGGCCCUGCAGAGUCAUCCCCCCUGUCUCUGUGUCUGGGCUCAGCCAGAGAUCGGCUCGGCGUCGUCUCCUCUUCGUCCUCGCUUCAAGUCCUGGAGACCACUCCUGAGACCCAAGGCCCUCCCCCUGUUCUCCUGUGUCUUCACCUCGAUCCCCUCUGUCAUCCUCUGUCGUCCUCGGCGUGUCCCAUUCCCCGCCCAGAGGCAGAGGAGGCGGCGGGGCAGGGGGCAGGGGCUGGGUGAGGGCCACCCAGGGCCAGGGUGGGCUGGCGGGCCGUUAAGAUGUGGAGCUGUGCCUGGCUGAGGGGGGCUCUGUGGAGGCAGACGCAGCGAGUGCCCGGCUGGGGGGAAUAUGGGCAGGCCUGCAGCGACGUGGUAAAGGAUGAACAUUCGGGGCACCCCGGACCUCGGGCAGCCCAGUGACGACCCCAGCAGUGGUGGCCAGCGGGAGCGGAUUCGACAGCGCAUGAAGAUGGUCAUCGGGCAGCUCGAGGGCAUUCUGCAGGAACUCAAGGAGGUGGCCAAGGAGCUCAGGGAGGUGGUGAGCCAGAUCGAUAAGCUAACCUCAGACUUCGACUUCGAACUGGAGCCAGACGACUGGACCACAGCCACUGUGAGCAGCACCUCCAGCAGCGACAAGGCGGGCGUGGGCGGCCCCUUCGACCUGGGCCACCUGGACCUCGUCACGGCCGACAUCCUCUCGGACAGCUGGGAGUUCUGCUCCUUCCUGGACACGUCCACCCCCUCGGACUCUGUGGACGGCGCCGAGCCCUCACGGCCGGGGGCUGGCCCCGACUACCGGCUCAUGAACGGCGGCACGCCCGUCCCCAACGGGCCCCGGGUGGAGACCCCGGACUCCUCCAGCGAGGAGGCCUUCAGCGGCGGCCCGGCCAAGGGCCAGCCCCAGCGGACCCCAGGCACCCGCGAGAGGGUGCGCUUCAGCGACAAAGUGCUCUACCACGCCCUGUGCUGUGACGACGAGGAGGCGGACAGCGGGGCGGCGGCCGAGGCGGGCCUGUCCCCAGAGCCCCCCCGCCCCGAGGCCCCGGUGGGCGCCCCCAAGCCCCCGCCCGCCCCCUGCAAGCCCAGGCGCCCUCCGCUGACCAGCUGCCGCCAGGGCCCCGCCGCCCCCGAGCAGACCCGGAGGGUCACAAGGAACAGUAGCACCCAGACGGUGUCCGACAAAAGCACUCAGACGUUGCUGCCCUACACGGCUGCCAAACAGAAGGCCAAGGGGAAAAACUAGGGGCUUGGGAGGGGCCCGGGGGGCAGUGGGCACAUAGAGCUAUAAAUAUAUAUAUAUA